UAUUUACUGAUCAUUCAACCCCCCCAGGACUAGGGGAACCACAGUAAGCCAUCUUUUUUUUUUGGGGGGGGGGUUAUGGUUCAGCCGAUUUAGUAUGCCCCACCCCUUAGUCACCGGUUCAAAUCCCCGGGUCAGCGGAGUGAUUUUACCACUAGGCCAUUGAGCGAAGCCCCUAGACCCCCGAUUGUUACAGGGACCCUGUUUCUCCAUUGUUUUUCACUUUGGGUAAAAGCUUCUGCUAAGUAAAUCUGUUGGAGAACAGAUGUAAAUUUUAGACUAACAACGGGAAAUCUAGAUGGCUGUAUUUCUUCUAAAAAGCACGUAUGAGCUGCAGGGGUCAGAAGGUGUGCCUGUACGUUCUGGCAAUUAGAUUACCAUUGAUACAAACAAAACCGGCGUUAGCUGUUGCCAGUCUCUGUGAAUACUGGUACUAUUAAUAACUUACUUAAUAGCUUUUAGCACCGAUGACCCAACAUUAAUUUAAACAAAGCAAGAGGACAAUGAGACUUCAUUAGCUAACAGCCUCCUCGUUAGCCAUCUCGAACGUAAGGCGCGUGCUAAUGAGAUGCGAAUUAAUGGCGCGACGAGUGGGAGCUGGCGUCUGAUGGGUCGAUUAUCAAUUCUCCUGUAGGGUUAUGGUGAUGUCAUCUGCUCGUGCUCACCUCUGCGUGGCCAAAUGGACCCACUAGGCACAGCGAUACUCCAUCACCAUCCACGACCAGAGGUGGGUAGUUCAGGUCCAGAGAGUAAAAGUCCAGACCAAGAUUUUGUUCCAAGCAACCAGUUGCAUACUCUGUGACUUUUUAUACUCGACUAGUUAGUUGAAACUAAAUCUUGGUCUAGAUUUUUACUCUCUAGACCUGAACCACCCACCUCUAUCCAAGGCGACAGCGGGUCGCACGGGUUACGCGGAAAAGGUAGUUAAUGCUUAAUUUAAAAAAAAAAACAUAAGUCUCUUUUCCCCAGAACGUCCUCUUCAGUUACCGUGUCAGAUCUCCCACGGUUUUUCUGUGCAGUUCAACCCGAUACCCUUGUUCUUAACUGUGUUCCCAUUAAACAGCGCAGCCGAUAAUUAAUCUGCCGACAUAAUGUGAUCCUUUCUCACUGGAGUCGACGGCUAAUUAUCAUGGAGCCGCACUUUCCCUGGCUCGUAAGCAGGAAUACGAGUGGCGCCCGUUCACUGCUUCCAGCGCCGUUUGAAAACUGCCAGCAAAUACAACGUAGACAUCCGUCUGGACGUUGGCCAUUUGGCCACCAGUGGCAACAAAUAAUUUUGGGCAGCAGCUUCCCAGCGGGAUCCCGUCAACGCAGAACACGAAAGAAAGUGCUGAUCUGGCGUAAUCUAGCAUUAAAAGAAGCGGGUCGUGCAGGUCGGUCCAGCCCAGAGCAGGAGAGAUCAGUGGGCGGGAAAGAGACCCACCGGAGGACCACCAGCCCAGACCGCCUCGGAAACUCAUCCCCAGUGCCCCCGAUGACCCAACCCCCUAGAGGCAGAGGGCAAAAGGGGGUGGAUAUACAUAUAUAUAUGAACUUUGUCUGGCUGAGUGUCCUGCUUUUACUUCUUCAGUCUCCAAAAUCCACCAGUCAGCGUUCGCACAGUUACUGGAUCCUCAAGCCCAAUGUGCUAGUGGUUGAUAUCAACCUGAACAUCAGUGCACAGACUCUGAUCGAGUUAAAGUGCGGGGACGCCUUUGAGGGCCAGCAGAUUCUCUGGAGGAACGAGGGUAGGGAGACGAGUCAGCGUGGGAACCGAGUGCAGGUCGUCUCUGAGGAGAUGAUGGGAGGGAACUACACGUGCCACGACCAAGCCGGGCGGCUCCUCAACUACACGCUGGUGCUGGUGCGGGCAGAGGGCUCCCGGCAGCAGAGGAAGAUCCUGGAUGGCGUGGCGACGCCGUGGGCCGGGAGCAAGAAUGUCGCAGAUGACAGAGACUACAUUCAGUGCACAUCGAAAAACUACAGUGGAGCUUUUCACUGCUGGUGGAGGUGGAGCGCGAGGCGGAGAGGAUCCGUGGUCUCGGUCAGCGCCGUACGGUCUUCAAGUGUAAGUGACAUCUUAUGCUCUCUGGACAGUGACCAGUCUGGGGUCACGUGUCUGGAUCGCUUACAUUGUCCAUAUGCAGAGGAGGCGAAUUACAUCACCCUCACUGUGUACGUCAGAUACUGGUACCGCGUGGAAAAAUACUUCAGGCAGUUCUACAUCACUGAAAUAGUGAAGCCCGAUAAGAUCGCGGUUGAGAAGACCAAUGAGAGCACCGUUAACUGGACCUACCCCAUGACAUGGAGUCUCCCCAGGUCGUAUUUCCCCCUCACGUUUCAAGUUAAAGUGGUUCCGCAGAAGAAGCACUGUAACUAUGAAGCAGGGCCAGGCGAAGUGCAGGUGAACCUUACAGAGGAACAAGGUUUCCCAGUUAAUUACAGAAGGAAAAAAAUCACUUUCUGUGUCAGAGCCCAAGACACGUUUACAAAAUCUAGCUGGAGUGACUGGAGCAAGACCGAGAUAAAAAAAGCCAACAUGAAGACUGCAAGGAGGGAGCGACUGAAGAAACAGAGGCAUAAGCAAUUAUGACAAAGCUGACUUGGUUCCACCAUGGUGUCAAGAAACAAUGGAGCAAUUCAAUAUUUAAGCAAUAUAUAUUUUAUUUUAUUGUAUGCUACUAGAGGUAACAAAGGAUUUCCAUGUGGUAAUUUAAUAUUUAUAAACAUGUUGGUAUGAUGUUUGUGAAAUGAAGUCAUUGAAUUGCUGUGUAUUGUGUGGAUUAGUAAAAAUUCUGCAUGUCGUCUUGCUCUGUCCGAAAUUAGCUUGAAUA